AUGGAGCUGGGCCCCAGCGAACUCGGCCCCACCGGGGGCCCCCACUUGGAGCUGGGGAAGGACAAGCUGACGGUCAGAUACACGGGAGAUGGAAGACACGACGUGGGGGCCAUACAGGCCAACCGCCCCGUGCCCGCGCGGCAGCUGCUGUUUUACUUUGAGGUGACGGUACUAGACCAGGGAGAGCUCGGCAAAAUCGGCGUCGGCUUCACACCGCGAGACGCCAAACUCACGCGGCAGCCGGGCUGGGAGCCGGGCAGCUAUGGAUACCACGGGGACGACGGCCUGCGCUACGCGGCCAGCGGGAAGGGCGACGAGUACGGGCCGCGCUUUGGCGCCGGCGACACAAUCGGCGCGGCGCUGCACCUCGGGCGCGGAGAGAUAUUUUUCACCAAGAACGGCAACAGGCUUCGCACUGCGUUCAGCGGCGUGCGCAACCCGGGGCAGCUGUACCCGACCAUCGGCCUCCACAGCCGCAACGAGUCUGUGGCGGUCAACUUUGGGGCGCGGCCGUUCCGAUUUGACCUGGAGAGCGUGCUGGCCGAGGAGGCGGCGCAGGAGGCAGCGGCAGUGCGCAGGCAAGGGGCUGUGGGUAGCCGCGGCCGCGGCCGCGCCGUGCUUUCACGCGCGCGCUCGCAUCAUCUCUCAAUUCGCUGUUUGUUUUCGUAG